AUGAAAAAGCUGGGCAAGAAGCGCAAGGAUGACAUUGAGAAGCUUGACAAGGAGAUCAGCGUCCGCCACGCCGCCGAGCUGGCCGGCCUCGAAGAGCGGCUGGCUGCAGAAUCAUCACCCGGCGAUGAGACGGUGCAGCUGGCCGAAAGCCUGUACGAAACCAAGCUGAACAACGGCCAAGAAAGGGGCGGGGCGCAGCCGUCGCGGGCGCAGAAGCGGCGGGACGCGAAGGCGGCGGCGGAGGCGGAGCGGGAUGCACGCAUCGCGGAGGAGCAGGACGCCAUGGGAGACAGCGACCGCGUGAUCGAGGAGCGCGAACUAGCCGCCACGCUGGCGCCGCUCGGCCUCGCCGUGCGCAGCAUCCCGGCGGAUGGGCACUGUCUGUACCGGGCGGUGGAGGAGCAGCUGGGCGCCGCCGGGUGCGAGGAGCUGCUGCCGCCGCCGCGCGACUACUGGGCCGUGCGCGCGAAGGCCGCCGCCUACAUGCGCACCCACCCCGACCAAUUCCUGCCCUUCAUCCCACAGGAGGACGGCGAAGACGUGGGGGCGGCGUUUGAGGCGUACUGUGUGGCGGUGGAGAACAGCGCGGCGUGGGGGGGCCAGCUGGAGCUGGGGGCUCUGGCACAGGCGCUGCAGCGGCACAUCGCGGUCUACUCCGUCGGCAUGCCCCGCGUCGACAUGGGCGCCGAGUUCAAAGCUGCUGGCUGA